AUGGCAACUAGAGAGCAGGCCAUGCAUCUUUGUAAGGAAGGGGACCAACAACUAGCUGAGGAAGAGCUUUCACUAGCCACUGCUUUCUAUAUGGCUGCGUUCAGCUGCAGCGCCCCAGUAGCUGUAGAGAAGGUGGCAUCUCUAGAGAAGGAGUCACAGGCAAAAGUGAUUGCCAUCUUGGAGACGUGGUGUCGAGGCGGGAGCCCUAUUCCCAGAGUUCCGUGCAGCAGCCUAAACACUCCAUCGCUCAAUGUCGGGAUUGCCGCAGUUUUCCUCUCGACCCUAAGCCCCAACAACAUAGCUGCCUUCCUUUGCAAGAUGGAAGCUUUGCUCAAGCUGGGCCGCUACGAGGAAGUGGCUGGCCGCUGUUGCUCUCUCCUUGACAGCCACGACUGCAUCGAGCUGGUCCUUACCAAGGCUUUGGCUCUGGUGCUGUCGAAGACACACUUCCAAAAUGGUGUCACGGAUUACCUCCAUGCCUUCGAGAAAGAUCAGGAUGAGACGGUAAAGUUUGUAAGCAGCAGGCAAAAGGGUCAUUUGCAAAAGAUAAUCCAGGCGUUCUUGAAUUUCCUCUCAGGUCAGGAAAAUGGACACAGAAACCAGAGUCUAGAAAGCAGGCUGAGCAGCUGCUACGACUUCCUAGUCACCAUAGCACCAGAGGAUAUCCAUGUAUGCCAAGUCCAGGCAGCCUAUUUCUUUGAGAAACAUAAAUAUAAGGAGUGCGUGUCCAUCUACAGCAAAGCUUUAGAGGCACUGUCAGCCAGUGGUGCAUUAUGGGAUGAAAAAGCUUCCAGUCUUCUCAUGGAUAGGGCUGUGUCUUACUUCUCUCUAGGUGGACGGGUACAGGAAAUGAUACAGGACUUGACAGAGGCUUUCAAAGUGAAUGCCAGCCUGUCAAAGAGACGCUUUGACGAACUUUUUUCUGCUGGUGACACCGAGAGGAUAGAAGAACAUGCCAGAGCGUCCCUGGAUGUGGAGUUUGCUGCUUACAGGGAAGCAGUGAGGAUGCGGCCUGAAGUCCGAAGUGAUGGUGGCAAGGAGUUGCUCUCCCCCGUCAUCGGCACCCUUCGGUUGCUCAUUGAGAUCUCUCCGGGGGCUAGGCGUGAACUCAGAGUACGGCUAGCCGAUUGCUAUGUCUUGGAGGGCAAUAUCAAGAAUGCCUUGGAGUUGUGUAACUGUCUUCUGGAAUCUGAAAACGAGACAUAUUGCAACACUCUCUUUGCCCUGCGUGGAUUUUGCUACCUCCACACACAGCGCUUUGAUGAGUCUCUCCAGGACUUCCAGAAGAUUAUUGAACACAACUCCCCUCAUCCCAGUAGCUGCGUGAAAGCUUUAUGUGGCCGUGGCUUGAUUCGGAUUUUGAGUGGAAAUCCUUACCUCGCCGCUCUAGACUAUAUCACUGCCUGUCGGCUUCGGUUUGAGGAGACUAGCUUUGUAGUCAAGUCCUAUGUACCGUGGAACCAAAGAGGCUACCUUGUGAAGGUUCUCCAAGAAGAAGGACAGAAGAUACUAGAGAAGAACGAAAACCCACGACGCAACUCGGCUUCCCAACGGGACAAAUCUAAAGUGUUGAAUGGAUUCCUGACAAAAGAAGGGGAUGCUUCUGGGGCCCACCAGUUGGCUUCUCUCCUCUUAGAACUGGAUGCUUCAGAGGAGGCAUCUCAGAUCUUGUGUGCCGAUGCCCUAUACCAGAUGGAUCGGGUGGAGGAAUCUCACAAGAUCCUCCUGGUAGCUCUUUCCAAAGCCACCCAGAGAUCUGCCAUCCUGGCCCGGCUGGCUGUGCUUCAAUUGAAGAGAAGCUUUGUAUACGACUGCAACCAGCUCCUGAAAAAGAUGAUCCAGUCCGGAGACACCUGCUGCCUCCUGGCCAUUGUGAAGAUUUUAAAAGACGAGGACCGAGCAUUGCUGCAAAGUCACUGCCACACCAGAGCCAUGACAAUCCUGAAGAACAAGCAAGGGGACGGAUACAUAAAAGAGGCUAUCACUUACCUCUCCUUUGCCAUCACCGCAGCUGGGGGAUUUGCUGUAGAUUCCCUUCUGACUCGAGCCCGAUGCUAUGGGCACCUUGGCCAGAAGAAAACAGCCAUAUUUGAUUUUAAUGCCAUUCUAAAAGAGGACCCUAGAAAUGUGCAGGCACUGAGCGGAAGGGGAUUCAUUCAUCUUGCCCUGAAUCAGAAGAAGGAGGCUGUGUGUGAUCUGAUCUCAGCCAUCCAAGCUGAUUCAGCCUUGGCGAUCUCAGAAAUCCUCUCAUUAAAACAGGAAGCGCAGACGUUGAUUCUUCAUUGGCUGCUUGAUCACUGCCGGACCGUGCUAUUUGGACUUGGUGCUGGCAAAGAGCCGUCAGAUAGAGAGAAUCUAAAGGAGCUCACCAUAGUGGGGGAAUCGCUCGUGAAAAUAAACAGCAAGGAAACAAAGAGUCACAUCCUUUAUGUGGACAUGUUAACCGCAGGUGGGAGACACAAAGAGGCCCUCGCUCACCUCCAGGGAUCAUUUGGCCAGACCGCACCGGAUGAUUCAGUCAACUCUCGGUUUGGCAUGCUCCAGGUCAAGAAGAGAAACAUCUACACCGCAGCUCAUAUUUUGGCUGGUCUCGCCGCAAAGGACUACGAUGAGCUACCAUUCCUCUUGAACUUCUUAGACACCAAGCAGCGGCAAAGCCUUGCACAGGUUGCUGCCAAAGAGGGGAAUGUCUUGGUGAAAGAUGAUUGUCACAGAAAAGCUGUUGGAUAUUAUUCACUGGCCGUCUCGGCAAGCGAUAAUAAUCCUCGGUACCUGCGCCAGCGUGCAUCAUGCCUAGCUUAUCUGAAAGACUACCGAAGGGCUUUGAAGGACAUGGACAAGGUGGUCCAAAACCACAGGACCAAUAGCUUGAAGACUAAAGUUGAGGACUUCUGCUCCCAGGGGCACAUGCUCUUGGCCAUUUCUGAGGACAACGAGGCAGUGAAGCAGUUCAUAAAAGCCCUUCAGAUGGAACAGACGUUGGCUCUGACUAACAUCGCUGCUGGUCCCAACAGGGAUGUGCUGUCCAAAGCAUUCUUGCAAACUGCGCAAUCCUGUUUUGACACGUCCCUUUUCGAAGAAGCCUGGACAGCCACAGAAUACGGCCUGGUCAUUGACCCAAACAGUAACGACCUUAAGAAACUGAAAACGAGACUCAAACGAGAGGCCUUUGGAUGCCGAGUUCAUUAAUUUACAUUCCGUGUUUCUGCCCUGCAAAAACAUCUCCCCGUUGUUUUUGUUUUGUUUUGUUUUUGUAAUGAUAAGAGCCCAGGCUUAGAUGCUUCUUAUACAGUCUGGCAAAUG